CUGGCUUAAAUGAGAAGGCCAUUCAGGAGUUACGCCACAAUGCUGAAGCUACGGCUUUUGACAUGGGAUGUGAAAGAUACUCUACUUCGACUCCGGAUUCCUGUGGGCGAGAGUUACGCUGCUGAGGCCCAGGCCCAUGGCCUCCACGUGGAAGCUGAAGCGCUCAGCCGAGCCUUCCACCAGGCCUACAAGGCUCAAGUCCAGCGCUUUCCCAACUAUGGCCUAGACAGAGGCCUUAGCUCCAAACAGUGGUGGCAGGAUGUAGUCAUGGAAACCUUCCGGUUCUCAGGAGUCCAUGAGGACAAUGUCCUCCUGCCCAUUGCGGAGAAACUCUACUGGGAUUACUGCAGCAAGCGCAACUGGGAGCUGCUACCAGGUGCCAGUGAGACCCUCCAGCAGUGCCGGCAGUUGGGCAUCCGCAUGGCUGUCAUCUCCAACUUCGACCGGAGGCUGCCAGAGAUUCUGGCUCAGUGUAACCUCCAUCAGCACUUUGAAUUUGUCUUGACCUCUGAGAGCGUGGGCUUUGCUAAGCCAGACAAGAGGAUUUUUCUGGAAGCCCUGCGGAUCUCUAGGGUACCCCCUCCCUUGGCAGCCCAUGUUGGGGACAACUACAUGAACGAUUACAGGGCACCGAGGGAGGCGGGGAUGCACAGUUUCCUAAUUAGGACAGCCAAGAAACCUGCCAGCUGGGAGACAGAAGUGCCUCAGGAGCACAUCUUGCCCACACUUACAUACUUGCUCUCUCUUAUAGAGAAAGGCUAAG